AUGAGCAGCGAUGACUCCUCCCUUAUGGCUGGGAUCAUUUACUAUAGCCAAGAACAGUACUUCCGCCAUGUGCAGCAGGCCGCGGCCUUGGGCCUGGAAAAAUUCAGCAAUGACCCUGUCCUACAGUUCUUUAAAACCUAUGGGAUCCUCAGGGAAGAGCACAUCCAGGAUGCCAUCAGCCACCUGGAGAGCAUCCGGAAUCAUCCAGAUGUGUCCUUGUGCUCCACCAUGGCCCUCAUUUAUGCUCACAAGUGCUCUGAAACCAUCGACCGAGAAGCCAUUCAGGAGCUCGAGAGCAGCCUGAAGGAAAUCCGCAAGACAGCCGGCGCAACGGCGCUCUACUAUGGCGGCCUCUUCCUCUGGCUCAUGGGCCGCCAUGACAAGGCCAAGGAGUACAUCAACCGCACCCUGAAGAUCUCCAGCAGCUCCAGAGAGAGCUAUGUGCUCCGAGGCUGGGUGGACCUCACCUCAGACAAGCCCCAUACCGUGAAGAAAUCCAUCAAGUACCUGGAACAAGGAAUGCAGGACAGCAAAGAUGUGCUGGCGCUGAUGGGAAAGGCAACCUACUUCAUGUUGCAGCAGAACUACACGGGGGCGCUGGAGGUGGUGAACCAGAUCACCGUCACCUCAGGGAGCUUCCUGCCUGCCCUGGUCCUAAAGAUGCGGCUAUUCUUGGCUCAGCAGGACUGGGAGCAGACGGUCGAAAUAGGCCACAGAAUCCUAGAAAAAGAUGAAUAUAAUAUCGAUGCCUGCCAAAUCCUAGCUGUGCAUGAGCUUGCAAGAGAAGGCAACAUGACCACAGCUGCCAGUCAUGUUAGAAAUCUGAUUAAGGCACUGGAGACAAGAGAGCCUCAAAAUCCAAGCCUCCAUCUUAAAAAAAUUCUUGUGAUUAGUAGGCUGUGUGGGAGGCACCAGGCGAUUCUGCGGCUAGUGUGCAGCUUCAUCGAGUGCACAUUCAUGGCCACACCCUCCUAUGCCCAUGUGGCCACAGAGCUGGGCUAUCUCUUCAUCCUGCAGGACCAAGUGAGGGAGGCAUCUCUGUGGUACUCGGAGGCCAUGAAAUUGGACGAGAGCAGUGUGGCUGCCUUGACAGGGAUCAUCUGGUGCCAGAUCCUGGACGGCCACCUGGAGGAGGCUGAGCACCAGCUAGAAUUCCUGAAUGAGGUGCAGCAGUCCCUCGGAAAGUCUGAGGUGCUGGUUUUCCUCCAGGCCCUUCUGGCAUCCCGGAAGCACACGGGCGAGCAGGAAGCCACUGCACUCCUGAAGGAGGCUGCAGAGCUACACUUCUCCAGCAUGCAGGGCCUCCCCCUGGGCUCCGAGUACUUCGAAAAACUGGACCCCCUCUUCCUGGUCUGCAUCGCCAAGGAGUACUUGUUCUUCUGCCCCAAGCAGCCCCGGUCACCAGGCCAGAUGGUGUCUCCACUCCUUAAACAAGUCGCCAUGAUCCUGAAUCCUGUAGUCAAAGCAGCGCCAGCUCUGAUGGACCCUCUGUAUGUGAUGGCUCAGGUCAAGUACCUCUCAGGAGAGUUAGAGAAUGCCCAGAGCACUCUGCAGCGCUGCCUGGAGCUGGACCCCACCUCCGUGGAUGCCCACCUCCUCAUGUCCCACAUCUACCUGGCACAGGGCAAUUUUGCCAUGUGUUCUCACUGCUUAGAGCUGGGCGUCAGCCACAAUUUCCAGGUCCGAGACCACCCCCUCUACCACUACAUCAAGGCCAGGGCCCUCAACAAGUCUGGGGACUAUCCAGAAGCCAUAAGGACACUGAAAAUGAUCAUAAAAUUACCAACUCGGAAGAUGGAAGAAGGCAAGAAGUUCCGUGGGCCCUCUGUACAGCCCAGCGAGCGGGUGUCCAUCCUACUGGAACUGGCAGAUGCCCUCCGGAUGAAUGGGGAGCUGCAUGAGGCCACCAAGGUCAUGCAGGAUGCCAUCAACGAGUUCAGUGGCACACCAGAGGAGAUCCGCAUCACCAUCGCCAAUGCGGACUUGGCCCUGAGCAAGGGGAACGUGGACAUGGCGCUGAGCCUGCUGAGGAACAUCACGCCCAAGCAGCCCUGCUACACGGAAGCCAAGGAAAAGAUGGGCAACAUCUACCUGCAGACCCGCAAAGACACCCGCCUCUACAUCGGCUGCUACCGGGAGCUCUGCGAACACCUGCCUGGUCCCCACACCAGCCUGCUACUGGGUGAUGCUUUCAUGAACAUUCAGGAGCCCGAAAAGGCCCUGGAGGUUUAUGAGGAGGCCUAUAGAAAGAACCCACACGAUGCAUCCCUGGUCAGGAGGAUCGGGCAAGCCUAUGUGAAGACCCACCAGUACACCAAGGCAAUUAAUUAUUAUGAGGCCGCGCAGAAGAUCAGUGGACAGGACUUUCUGUGCUGUGAUCUGGCUGAGCUGCUCCUGAAGUUAAAGAAAUUCAACAAGGCAGAGAAAGUUCUGAAACAAGCACUGGAACAUGACUUUGUCAAAGACAUCCCGACCAUGAUGAACGAUGUCAAGUGCUUGCUUUUGCUGGCAAAGGUUUAUAAGAGUCAUAAAAAGGAAGAUGUGGUGGGAACUUUGAAUGAGGCCAUGGACCUCCAGUCUCGGAUACUGAAGCGCGUUCCACUGGAGCAACCAGAAAUGAUCCCCCCCCAGAAGCAAAUGGCAGCCUCCAUCUGUGUCCAGUUUGGGGAGCACUACUUGGCAGAGAAGGAGUUUGCCAAGGCCGUGCGGUCUUAUAAGGAUGCCCUCUUCUACUCACCCGUCGACAAUAAGGUGGUGCUGGAGCUGGCGCGGCUCUACCUCCUGCAGGGGCAGUUGGACUUGUGUGAGCAGCACUGUGCCAUCCUCCUGCAGUCGGAGCAGAACCAUGAGACCGCCUCAGUGAUGAUGGCUGACCUGAUGUUUAGAAAACAGAAAUACGAAGCCGCUGUCGAUCUCUACCGCCAAGUCCUGGAGAAAGUGCCAGACAAUUUUGUGGUAUUGAAUAAACUAAUUGAUCUGCUAUGGAGAAGUGGCAGACUUGAAGAUGCCCCUGCCUUCUUUGAAUUGACCAAGAGGAUGUCCAGCCGCGUUCCUUUGGAGCCAGGGUUCAACUACUGCAGAGGCAUCUACAGCUGGCACAUAGGGCAACCCAACGAAGCACUGAAGUUCCUAAACAAAGCGCGCAAGGACAGCACUUGGGGCCAGAGUGCCACCUACUACAUGGUGCAGAUCUGUCUGAACCCAGACAACGAGAUCGUGGGCGGAAAGGUUUUUGAGAACCUGGUGGCUGAGAGCAACUCCACCGACAGGAAGGACUCGGAGCAGCACGGCGUGCGCACCGCGGAGAAGCUGCUGCGUGAGUUCUACCCGCACUCGGCCUGGGGCCAGACCCAGCUGCGGCUCCUGCAGAGCCUCUGCCUGCUGGCCACCCGGGAGAAGGCCAACGUGGAGGCGGCGCUGGGCACCUUCAUCGAGAUGGCGCAGGUUGAGAAGGACAGCGUACCCGCCCUGCUGGCCACGGCACAGGCCUACGCGCUGCUGAAGCAGGUCCCCAAGGCGCGCACGCAGCUGAAGCGUCUGGCCAAGGCCCCGUGGGCGCUGGGCGAGGCGCAGGACCUGGAGAAGAGCUGGCUCCUACUGGCUGACCUUUACUGCCAGGGCGGCAAGUUCGACCUGGCCACCGAGCUGCUGCGGCGCUGCAUGCAAUACAACAAGUCCUGCUGCAAGGCCUAUGAGUACAUGGGCUUCAUCAUGGAAAAGGAGCAGUCCUACAAAGAUGCAGCCACCAACUACGAGCUGGCCUGGAAGUACAGUCAUCGUGCCAGCCCUGCCAUUGGCUUCAAACUCGCUUUCAACUACUUGAAGGACAAGAGAUUUGUGGAGGCCAUUGAAGUCUGCCACCAUGUCCUCAGAGAGCAUCCUAACUACCCCCAAAUCAGAGAAGAAAUUUUGGAAAAGGCCCAAGGGUCUCUGAGGCCCUAG